UCUCUCUCUAACACUUCUCUCUCCCUCCUGCUCCAGCUAUGUGUCUCUGCUGUUGUAGCCAAAGUAGCUGGCUGCUGCUGAACCGAUCCACCGCAGUGCCUGGGACACAUUGAGUGGUGGAAGAGAGAGUGAGUGAGGGAUUUAGAGGAUGGGUCUUUAAGGGGCUUUAAGGGAAAACACACAGCAGAGAGAGAGAGAGAGAGAGAGAGAGAGAGAGAGAGAGAGAGAGAGAGAGAGACCAGAUCCCACCGAGCCUCCCUGGUGGUGUGUGAGGCUUUCUUGGCUACUGACGUGUGCGCACGACUCUCGUGGCAGGAUGAGUUCGUGCAGCAGCCGUGCGUUGACCAUCCUGUCCACGGUGUUCGGGGCCUGCGGGCUGCUGCUGGUGGGGGUGGCCGUGUCCACAGACUACUGGCUUAUCAUGGUGGAGGGCAUCAUCCUGCAGCAGAACCAGAGCAUGGAGGUGAAGAUGGCGCUACAUUCGGGCCUCUGGAGAGUUUGCUUCGUGGCUGGAGCAGAAAACGGAAGAUGUGUUGCGUCGGAGUACUUCACUGAACCCGAUAUAGAGAUCACCACUGAGAACACUGCAAACAUCCUCAAGAUGGUGCGGACGGCCACACCCUUCCCGAUGGUGUCUCUGCUCUUCGUCUUCACGGCCUUCGUCAUCAGUAACAUCGGACACAUCCGGCCUCAGCGCACCAUCCUGGCCUUUGUGUCGGGCAUCUUCUUCAUCCUCUCAGGCCUCAGUCUGGUGGUGGGCCUGGUGCUCUACAUCUCCAGCAUUAAUGAUGAGGUGAUGAACCGGCCCAGGGAGCCCGAGCAGUUCUUCAACUACCACUAUGGCUGGUCCUUCGCCUUCGCUGCCUCUUCCUUCUUACUCAAAGAGGGGGCCGGGGUGAUGUCAGUCUAUCUGUUUAUGAAGCGCUACGCCGAGGAAGAGAUGUACCGCCCCCACCCUGCGCUCUACCGCCCCCGCCUGUCGGAGAGCAGUGACUACAGCGGCCAGUUCCUCCACCCGGAGUCCUCCUGGCCUCCGCCGAAGCGGGGCCGCAGCACCUCCGAAGCCUCCAGCGACAUCUCCAUCCAGCUCAACCAGGCACCCCCGGUGCCACCCAAGGGCAGCCUCCAAGGCCAGGGCAGCCCACCUUCCGGGUCUUCCUCCGCGGGAAGCUACCAAAUGCCUCCACAGUCCGUUGGCUACCCCACGCACACCCUCACCAGGUCGCACGCCUCACACCCACAAGGCCAGGCUCUUCCCAUGGCCAUGCCUCCGUCGCCCGUACCUCCCCCUCACUAUCACACACACAUGCACAUGAGCGCCUCCCCCUGUUAGGAAGAGGAAGCAUUAGGGAAGGAAGGAGAGACACUGACUCCUCAUAAUCACUGUACAUUUAGAUGUGGAUAAAUGCUGAGCGUGGAGCGCAGAUCAUGUGAGAUGAAGUGGAGGGAGAGCGGUGAUCAAGCAUAAUAAAAUGUAGCUUUGGAACAACAAUGAACCAAGGACAAAGGAGGUGUUGGAGAUUGAAAAGGAAAGAUUUAACAUGAUUGUGGAGAAACUGUGAUGGACAGAGAAAAAUAAAAACAGGAGACCAGCGGAAAAGGAAAAGAGGAAUCCAGUUUGUCAUGAUGGAAAGAGGCAAAAACAGCGUUUCCUAGAAAGACUUUAGAGGUUAGGUUGAGUGACGGAGGAGAUACAGAGGAGGGAGAGGGAGGCAGGGAGAGCGAGGGGCUGCGGUAUAAUACCAAGAUACUGCAGUGCUGCAGGAAAUUUGUAUGCACUCGGAAAUGUACAAUGCAAAACACUGAUCACAAUGACUGAGGAUGCACAUAGUUUUAUACAUACAUAAUUCAUAAAAAUACUACGUACCUUCUUACUAUAAGGUAAAUGUGGUAAAAUAUAUUCUUGUCUUCUCUGAAUUUCUUACAUCAUCAAUCCAGUUUCAUAACUCACAAUGUCAAAGUAGUAUAAUUAAUAUUAUUAAUUAAAAAUGAAUAGUUAACAAUAGAGUAAUUCUCAAAAAUGAGAACACUGUAUGUGAAUGUUGGUAAUCUUUGUAAAAAAAAAAAAAAAAAACAGACUGAAGUGGAUGAUGUUCUGAAAUAUCAUGAGGAGAAAUCUACUUUAUGUUUUACAUAUUUGUUUAAAUUUAUAAACUUCUUGUACAUAAAAUUGCACAUGAGGACUUCUAUAUAGCUGUUGUAAAUUAUGAAUGAAGCUUUGGCACAAGUCACAUCAAGAAAAUGUCUGACUCAUUCUGCUUUGGAUGAAGAUCUGCAACAGGCGCACUACAACCAACGACGCACCCUCUGGAUGCAGCGCACGCUGGUCUGAAGGAGGAACCACCCGGCACUGAUACGGCGGUCUGAUGCCCUCUACUGGCCACUGCUCUUCACUGACCCUGGAUCAGAUCUGGGGCCCAGGUCACUUCCUUUUUCAUGCACUCUUCCUUCCUCACUGACCUGCACUGUGUGUCAGCUGAUGGAGCAGCACAGACGAGCUGGACUGAAGCUGUUGUGGUGAAUGUCAGUUGAACUGCACAUGGAUCAAGAUUUAUGCUUUAAAGACUGAUUAGAAGUAUUUUUUAAAAGCUUCAGUGCUGUUUAUAUAUCGAGAGAACUCACAUGAUGAAAGCAUUAGUUACAUUUGCACUUACUGCUCAAAGGACAAUACCACCCUUUGUGAAACGCAGGUCCUCAUUACAUACAUAGACAAAGUAGAGGCCGCUGUUUAUUCAAAUGUUUUCAGUGGCCAUUUGUGACAUCACGCCAAAGGCUUCUAAAGUAUCUGAAAAUGUAUUAAUGAAAACAUGACACUGAGCUAUCUUGUGUUUAGAGCUGCAAGUAAUGAUUAUUCUCAUCAUUCCCUAAUCAGCUGAUUAUUUUCUAGAUUUAUCAUUUUGUCUAUGAAAUGUCAGAAAGUAGUGAAAAAUUACAAUUGUAAUGGCCCACAGUGCAAGGUGAUUUAUUCAUAUAGCUUAUUUUAUUCUACCAACAGUACAAAACCAAAAGUUUUCAACCAUUUAUGAGAAAGAAAUGCAUCAAAUCCUCCAACAAGUGUUUGGCAUUUUGCUUUGAAAAUUAAUAAUCUAUUAUCACAAUAGUGUUGAUUUUUUUGUUUUGUUUUGAUGGACUAAUUGAUUUAUCUAGUAUGAGAAUUUGUGGAUGAUCCCACAGGGGUCAGAGUAGCACUCUUUCAACAUCCCAAUGCUGCGUAGCACAUUGUGGGACAUUUUAACCUACUUUGCCGUGCACUUGAACCAAAUACGGUUAUAUUGUGUUUUAUUUUGUAGUAAGUGAUAUAUUUUCAGAUGCUUUAGAACCUUAAGUUGCUCUUAAAUACUGUACAGUAUCUCAAAGAUGCAGAGUAGUAAUCUAAAGACCUGUGUAUCAAAAAAACAGUGGUAUUUAAAUUUAGAAUAGUUUUGUUUGCUUGUUUUUAAGGCACAUCAUGCGUAGGCAUAUGUCGAUACGAUAAAUAUCUCUGUAAUGAGAAUUAAACCACCGUGUCAUUGGUGUAAUGGCUGGUUUUCAUUAUCACUGUGAUGCUGGAGAGAGGGAAACACACUGAUGUCCUACAGAAGAUGUGAAAUCAUACAUCAGACUCGAGAUCAUGGAGAUAUCAUCAUAUGUUCACCUUAAUACAGGGUUUUGUUGAGCAAGCAGCACAUGGUUCUUCAUCACCACCCUGCUUUUUUUGUUUAUGCAGUUGCACAAAUUCAUAUUGAGGUGAAGCCCAGUGUAGCUGCAGCCUUCUGUUGUUGGCUCCGCUGUUACAGUCAGGGGGUUAAGUGCCUUGCUCAAGGGCGCCUCAUGUUGAAGAAGAUCAAAGUACUUCCCUUUCUAGAUUUUUCCCAACCAAUAGGCAUCUAAACCUUCUGGUUAAAAUCCACCUCUCUAACCUUCAGACUACUGCUGACCCCAUCAUGACCUCUGUGACUGUGGACAGCUGCUCUGUUUCUUCCUUUAGGAACCAUUUGAUAAUUAUUCCACUUAAACUGCGGCAGUGCUCUACUUUUUCAUCCCUGUACCUCUUUGUUUUUCCCUCUCUACUACCCCCAGCUUCUUUCUUUGCCUCUACAUGAUUACGUAAAAAGGGUGUAGCUGUGCUUGCUUCCGCAUUAAAGCCUGGACUUCUUGCACAUGACCAUAUUUGUAAAGAAAAAAUGGGUAAAACAAAUGCUUUUCAACGCUUCAAUGGAACUGUAUAAUCUUGAGUUACAUAAUUCAAUAGCAGUUGUGAUUAAGAUCACUGUUCUUGAAAGUGUUGACGUCUGUCACUCACUUUCACCCUAAACAUGAAUAAAACUUCCAACAUGGGUUCAUUUCA